CUCCACCCGAAACUUCUUUAAGCCCAAUAGCCCAGAGCUCUCUCUCUAAUCUCUGCUCAUCCCUCUCUCGCCUUCUGUGGAAGCACCGGUCUGGGUGUUAACGUCAUAAAGGCUUUGAAAAAAAUAGAUAAUUAAAAUCCCUUUUUCUCUCCUCUUCGUUGUUCUUUUUGUGGCAGUCCUGAACCUAUUCUAGCUUACUGCUAAUGAGACAAAGCGAGAGGUUCAGUUAAAGUAAGCCUCAGCUUCUAAUGGGUGGCGACGAAGAUAGAUGGGGAGUGGUACCACCAACAGUGGCUCCGCUAAACGGAGAGAGAGAGGAGCAAUGGAAGCACUUGUACAACUCAGUGAAUGCUGUAUCUUUUGGGCUCGUGGCCACUGCCAUUCUCAUAUCAAUGUUCCUUGUUAUGGCUAUCUAUGAGAGGUUUCUGAGGGCCAGAUCAACACCUUCCGCCGAAAGGCCACGUACGGAUCUCGAGGCCGCCCAGACGGUUUUCCAUGGAAAGCUUGAUUACCCUUCUCCCAAAAUGACAGUAUAUGAGAAAGGUGUAUCAGUUUUGAUGCCUGGUGAGGAAAUGCCCACUUUCAUUGCACACCCUGCUCCGGCACCACGUCCUCCUGAGCACAUCCCACUGUCUCUUCAUCAACACAAACCAUGAUUCGGUUCUUUCCCAGACUCAUUAUCAAUCUUAGAUCACAAUGAGACAUGAAAUAAGAUAACCAACUAGAACAUUAGGGAUUUCAUAAUACUCGAAUCAAGUUCACAUUCUUGUGAAAAUUCUGAAUCUGUAGCACUGUUGGCUAAAAUCGCAAUCACUUAAUGGAAGGCUGGGAUAAACCCAAUUUCAUCAUACAAUAACCAUUUAGAUUAUGCAAAAUAGGCUUUGCUUCUGUAAACCAUGUUGUAUAAACAAAACCUUAUUUCCAAAUUAUCUCCCAAUAAAUAUAUGACUUUGCUCUA